CGCCCUUCCCCCUCCACUCCUCCAAUCCGUCCCCCGUGUCCCACUAAAGCGAUCUGAGCGCAUGCAGGGACUCGUACCUAACGGCUACGGAUGGCAACAUGGCGACAGAGUUCCACAAUCUGCAGGAGUUGAGGCACAGCGCAUCUCUGGCAAACAAAGUCUUCAUCCAGAGAGACUACAGUGAAGGAACCACCUGCAGGUUUCAGACCAAGUUUCCCUCUGAGCUGGAGAGCAGGAUUGAGCGGACACUAUUUGAGGACACUGUGAAGACGCUGAACAACUACUACGCAGAGGCAGAAAAGAUCGGAGGCCAGUCCUAUCUGGAGGGGUGUCUGGCCUGUGCUACAGCAUAUCUUAUCUUCCUCUGCAUGGAGACACGUUAUGAGAAGGUGUUGAAGAAGAUAGCUACGUACAUUCAGGAGCAGAAUGAGAAGAUCUAUGCUCCCAGAGGGCUGCUCAUCACAGAUCCCAUAGAAAGAGGAAUGCGUGUCAUAGAGAUUUCCAUCUAUGAAGACCGGGGCUCCAGCGGCUCCAGCUCAGGGAGCAGCUCCGUGUCCGGCAGCACUGCUCGAUGACUGUGUACUCCCUAACAACUGUGUCCCCUUGAUCACUCACAACCCUGGAGGACAACUUAGGACAACGAUGCAGCUCCUGAUCCAACCAACACUUGGUCCAUAAACGCUCACACAAAGGAUUCACUGGCUUUUAACAAAGAGAGGCAUGUUGCUCCUGACGCGCUAACACGCGCUUAAGUUGUUCAAGCGUAAAACACACACUUCUGUAGUUUGUUGCCACGCAAUAUGCAUGCGCUGACACAGUCAUGUCACUGUAGGAUGCAAUGUCUCUGUAAAAAGAAAAUUUAGUUCACAAUACUUUGUGUGAUCUUACUGUUGCCUUCCCUCCUGUUCUAUUUGAAGUUGCCACAGUUGUGUAUACUCUGGUGGGUGAGAAAAGGAUGUCAGUAAAAAAAAAAAAAAAAAAAAAAAGGGAGGAAGGAAGCGUAGAGGCAGGAGUGAAGACCACAAGUCUCACCAAUACUCAUACGUCAGCCACCACAAGUUGGUGUCCAGGUCAGCCAGAGACACAUCCUGACUGACAGGACCAACCAGGAAACUGGACUAAACGUAUUGCCAUCGGCCCUGUGCACUAGUGUCCGAGGUACACCAGUGACUGUGAUGUGCUUUUAGGUUUUACUUUUAGCAUUUGCAAGUGCAAGUAGGAAGAUAAAGAGAUAAACUGUACAAAGAACCGCCUACUCCUUCACCUCUGAUAUAAAUAAUGUAGCAGAGCUUCCAUUUUUCUCACUUGAAGCAUCUAUUUUGUUGGACACACAAAUACAGACGUGCACAAAUCCUCCUACUAACCUCUUCAGGUUUCAGUGAGUGAGACCAACUCUUCCUAAAUUUUGAUUAUGCAAAGAUAUAAUGUGCAUUAAGUGGAGUAGUAAGUAGAGAAAGAAUUGGUUUAAAAAAAAGUCUUCCUGAAUCUUACCUGUAGUGUUUUAAAAUACACCAACCCUUCCUUGAUAUCUGAACAAACUUCCAAAGAACAACAACUGCCAAAAACCGGCUCACAAAUGUGAAUGUGUCUCUUCUUCUGGUGAUAUUUUGUGCAAGAACAAACUUUUCGUACUGCUUGUUGUUUGAUACACAUGGCAAUGAGUCAUAGUGUCAAAUAAAUACUGUUUCAUCACAACUGCACAGAGUUCAUCUCUCUUAUUACACUGAUAUUUAACUGUAAAUCUACAAAAUAGACCUGUACAGUGGUGGACAAUUUGACCUUGGUAUAAUUUAAUCAGGGUCAUUUCCAGAUGUAGCAGACAGCUAUUUGCAACCAAACAGCA